AUGCGCCGGCCGCCGCGCCGCGGACCACCGCCUGCGCCACCAUCUCGGCCUGCCGACGCCACACCGCAGGGGCCCCGCGCCGGCCAGCCACCGCGCUGCCAUGGCCAUCCGCACCCCGAGCCGGCCCGCCCGGCCCAGAUCUGGCCCGGCCGCCCUCGACCGCUGGAGUCCCACGCGCCGCCGGCGGCUGGAAGAGCCGCCGCGCCCGCCUCAAGCAGCCACACCCGCAGCACACCGCCGAGCCCACCGCACGCCGCCGCGCCCGCUGCCCUGAGCCGCGCCCGAGCGAGCUCCUCCUCGCCAGGGACGCGUGGGAGCAAACAGUCUUACUGUAGAUUUCUCCCAGAGGAUUCGUUUCUUGAUCUCUUUGAGUUAGGUGAAGAAUCAGAGAUCCAAGGAUCCAUUCUGAAACUUCCUUUCCCUACAAUUUUUGAGUACCUUCAUCUACUGCAAUUGGUAUCAACUUCCAUGAAUUGCUUGGGACACCACGGAAUGUUUUAUCUUGCUGCUGCAGUUUCUGACUUCUACGUUCCAUGGGAUAGCAUGACUAAACAUAAAAUCGAUGCAGCAGGUGGCCCUUUGAACCUGCAACUCAGUCAAGUUCGUAAGAUGCUUUUCAUCCUCAGGAACCAUUGGGCACCUUCAGCAUUUUGUGUAUCCUUCAAGCUCGAGACAGAUCCGGACAUCCUUCUACCGAAGGCAGAGAUGGCCUUAAGAAAGUACGGUAUGAAUGUCAUGGUGGCGAACGAGCUAGCGAACUACAAAGACGUGGUUGUCAAGGUCACAAGUAGCGGGAAGACAACUGGGAGCAGGCGGAGCAAGGCAGAUGACCUUGAGGAAUAGAUCAUCGUUCUCCUGGUAAAGAUGCACUCGGAUCACAUUACGCGGCCCAAUUCAGACCAAGAAACAUGAGACGUUUAUACUCAGAUGAGAAAGGCAAGUAUCUGCAAUCUCUAGUGGCAUCUGCAUCCAAGUAUGUUAGAAGCUGCAUAGAUCCGGGCAAGCCUGAUUCUAACUUUGUUUUCACAUGAUGUUGGCGGUGGGCAAUGCGACCUGCAAGAAUAGGAUGGAUCAUUAACAUCCUGUCCUGUUGUAAAUGGUGCUACAAAGAUAUACUAUCUGUUCAGGUGCACCAGUA